UCAUGGGCGGUGGAGGCUGCGCGCGGCGGCGCGGGCGCGCAUGCGCGGCCGUAUCGACUGGGCCGGCAGCGGGUGGUGGCGAGCGAGCAGGCACGGCAGUCGGGCGCCCGCCGCCGCUCGCUCAGAAUGGAGGCGCAUCAACAGACCGCGCCGCCCGUCGCGCGCCCUCUCGUCAACCCCGAUGAGUAUGGCGAAGUCGACACCUCCAGGUAUCCCGCGCCUAAAGAGGCAACUCACAAGGUUCGCGGCCGCAGCGACCUGCUCGAGCUGAUCUGCGGCGCUGGGACGGUCGACCCCGAGCUGUUGACCGUUAAGACGUUCUAUUUCUUUUUCUACUCGGCCUUUGGCUCUCUCUUCCCACUGAUGGGCGUAUACUUUAAACAAAUGGGUAUGAACGCAGGGCAAUGUGGCCUGCUCAUCGGCACGAGACCUUUCGUGGAGUUCCUAUCGGCGCCAUUUUGGGGUGGCCUGGCGGAUAGAUGGCAGAAGGGAAGAACACUAUUGCUGGCGUCCCUCAGUGCAUGGAUAGUAUUCACGUUACCUCUGAGCUGGGUACAGCCGACAGCGGUGUCAUGCGUGCAGCCAGUUAACGAUAGCGUCUAUCGGCUGGUGUCACCGCGUUACGACGAAGACUGGCCCACAUCAACACGCCACUUCCGCUUGCCCUCGGCUGGGCGCGAGGGUUCGCCGCUAUCGGUUUCUGAUGCUGAAAACUAUAAUCCCGACACUAACUCCAACUGGGUCACGCCCUUACAUUCUUAUAUUGUAUACAGCACGCCCGACAUUCAGAAAACAUUUUUCCUGCUAUUACUGCUCGUCGUCAUUGGAGAAUUCUUCAGCGCACCAGCGAUCACUUUAGCAGACUCUGCUGUUAUAACUUUACUGGGAGAAGACGCCGACAGGUACGGACACCAACGAAUGUUUGGUUCACUGGGUUGGGGCUUGGCGAUGUUCUUUGUUGGUAUCGCAUUGGACCACAGUACAGCUUUCAGCACGCAUCCUUGUGGAGGUCCGCAACGCUAUGAGAAAAAUUACACUAUCUGCUUCGCUACGUUCUCGGUGCUGAUGGGUGCUGCACUAAUAACUGCUACCCAGAUCAAGUUCAAGUACGAGACGAUAAGCGUAGAGACUCCACCAGCUCCCGCACCUUCCGAGCCAACCCACGAAGAACGCUUGCAAGAGCAACUCGCGGAGCAGCUCCAACUUCCUGGUCUCGACACAAGCGCUCCACCGCUUCGUCAACCGGCUUUGGAACAUGCUAAGGUGUUCGCACAGACCACUCGCGAGAUGCCAGAGUGGGUGACGGUUCUGAAGCAGUUCCAGAACGUGAAGGCGGCUUCUUUCCUCCUCGUCGCCUGGUUCAUGGGUUUCGGGAUAGGCCUCAUCUUUACAUUUCUUUUCUGGCAUUUGCAGGAUAUCGGCGGCUCUCCCACGCUCUUCGGCGUCGCCUCCGUCAUCAACCACAUCUCGGAAAUCUUUGCUUAUUUCUUUAGCUUCAAACUGAUUACGCAAAUGGGACACGUUAAAGUUCUGUGCCUAGGUCUGGCGGGCAACGUGGUCCGGUUUCUGUACAUCUCGUGGCUCACGCUGCCGUGGUGGGUUCUACCCUUCGAGUUCGUGCAGGGCGUGACGCACGCCGCCGUCUGGGCCGCAUGCUGCUCCUACAUCGCCCACGGUGCCCCUCCGAACCUGCGCUCCUCCGCUCAAGGCGUAUUGCAAGGCCUGCACCACGGGCUGGGCCGCGGCUGCGGCGCGGUGCUGGGCGGCAUCGCGGUGGCCAAGUGGGGCACGACGCGCACUUUCGCGGGCUACGGAAUUCUGUGCGGAGUCGCCCUCGCCGCUUUCGCCUUUGUGAACUUCCGAGGCGGCGACGCCGACGCGCCGGUGGCCGGGGCCGCCAUCGACGAGGAGGCGCGAGCGGUGGCCGAGGCGGGCGUGCUCGCGCCGCACGGCGUGCCCUCCAACCCGCUACCCCGCGCCCUGUCCUCCACGCGCCUCGCUGACCUCGCACAUCACGACAACUACGGCGCAACACAGAGCUACAGCGGCGCAGACAGCCUGAGCGUGCCGGGGGCGGCCCCCGCGCGCCCCGCCAACCCCUUCCUGUCGGAGCCCGCCUACAGAUAGACGCCUCGCUCCGACGGCCUCCCGUCGCCACCUUCGGGAUUCAUACAACAGUAUUACUUUUCGCUGCACGUAUUAUCCUAGCGAACGCGACGACUACACUAAAGCCAUCACUAGAACGUAUUCUGCCGAUAGUUCCUGUGGCGCGGCGCCAGGUGACCGCUGCGUUGAUGAAUUUGUUACAUAUGGCAGAAAUGUAGUAAAAACUGCACCGAAUGCGAUGCUUUCACGUUGCGUUUGAAGAUACUUUAAAUAGAUUAAAAGGAAGUGACGUCUUAUUUUAAAAUUCGGAACUUCUAUUAAAGCGAUAUAAAUUCGCUUGUCCUUUUACGUAGUGCCGAAGUAUCUUAAAUAAGUAUGCACAUAUAGGCAAAUAAUAUUUUAUAAAACAAAUUUAUUUUGUUUAAUUAUUGAAAAGCGUAUCUCAACCGCCUUGAAUAAGAGAAUAUUUCGCAAGUAUAGUGCAUCGAUAAAAUUAAAUCUCAAAGGAACAAUGCCGUGUAGCUCCGCACACUCCGCAACAGUAUAGGAGUACAAUGUGUUGGCUAUAUACAGCCAAGACAAGCAGCACGUAUUUAUACGAACGUGACCUCAUCAUUAUUAGCACUAGUUUCCCACAACACUCAGUUCUUACAUUUUAAGCGCUCUUGACGUAAUGUGGUCGGUGUGACUUAAGUUUACAACGAAUUAUUAAGUAAACAUGUGGCACGUAAACUCCGAGCACAGCGAUACCAAACCACGAUGACGACCUUAUCAGCCACGCGCCAAGGUAUCCCGAGGAGUGUCCCUCUACAGCGUGUCACGUCGCGCCAAGUCCUGGUCCUUGUAGAUAGGUGUAAGAUUUCGUGUUAGGUGUUAACAAUAACCACCUACAUAUAUUUCGAUGUGAUGUCUGUAUUCUUACCGUAGUAGAAAUUAACCUUUAUUUACAAACUAAAUCAUUACGAUAACUAGCUUACUAAAUAUAUUACGGGCUUCUUAGUGCGGCAUUCGUUGCCUAAUGUUCAUGCAAACUGCAGGCCCUCGGCGCGUCACGACUCACGCGUGGCUCGACGCGAUCUUCUAUCUAAUAGCUCAAACUCGCUGUUGUAACGUAUAGUGCGUGCUAUCGGUGUAUCGUAAACUAGGUAAUAUAUCUAAGAUUAUAUAAAGAAUACUCUAUAUUAAUACGUUAUAAUAUCAAUUAUUAUACCUACUGUUGACAACAAAGGGCUCCAUCAUUAUACAGCUGUACUCUAGCCUAAGCCUCUCUUCGUGAUGGCGCGCCCGCACGUCGCGUCACCCGCAGCCUGCUCACUGCAAUGUUAUCGUGACUCGUGACGAAUGUAAUCGCCCGCCGCAAUUCAAUAAGAAGAGGGAGUCGAUUCAUAUUGUUGUGUAAAUGUACAAGUUUUUUAAUCGAGUUCAUAUCAUGGUGUGAUGAGUUAGAUGUACGCAUAAGUUAGUAGCGGAGCCGGCGCCGCUCCGGGUCCCGCUGCCGUCGACGGACCGGCAGCGUCGCGCCGUUUCCUCUAUGUUUUUGUUGAUAAUGUAGACAUUUAAAUCGAUAGACAUAUGACUAUAUGUAUACAUUUGUUGUAAAAUUACUCUUAGCGAUGUGAGCGCGGCACAGUUAUAUAUUUUUGCACUGCGCGGGGCGGCGCGGCGCGGUCGCCGCUCGCCCUCG